AUGGACUAUCCGCUCUUGGAUCGCUACCACCCGUCCGACGCCGCUCCCGACGACCGACCGCUCGUUUGUAAGUCCUCUUCUCUCUUUCUCUCUCGAACGCGCCUAACCGCACCUCCCCGUUCUCCUUCCAGGGGACCACGUCUUGUCCACCGACGAGUACGCUCCGGCCGAGUUUCGCCAGACUCGCACCUUGCUCGCCGAUGGCGGCGACGCCUUCGGAGUCUCCACCGUCGCUUUCGACGACGUCGAGGAACUCGUCUGGAUGGGCAAUCAAGGGGGUCACGUGACGUCUUACUACGGCUCCGCUCUGCAAAAGUACACCUCCUUCCAAGUUCACGCCGCUCAAGAGGUCAGGCACGUUCGUCCCUUGGACGAGGCGAUUCUCAUCUUGACGCAGAGCCUGCUCAGGUGUCAGUUGAGACGCGGUAUACCCGUCUUCACGCACGCGUCCUCCAGCAUGAUCGACAUGCAGUGCAUGCUGAGAAUCUCCCCCGCCAGGUUGCUCCUCGCGGGCCAUCAGCACAACGUCGUCGAUUUCGAUCUCACCACCGGCAGAGAGACCGCACUGGUACACGUCGGCGAAAACGGCUGUGCCAUCUUGAGGCGGCACGGCAGACUCGUCUGCUGCGGCAAUCCUGCCGGAAGGAUCGAUCUCAGAGAUCCCGCUACCUUGUCCGUCGAGCACACCUUCGACACCCACGGUGGUUCUCUCAGCGACUUCGACGUUCGAGGAAACUAUCUCGUUACUUGCGGCUUCGGCAACGGACAGAUGAGAGCGUUGAGCCCCGUUGCUACUUUGGUCUAUCCCCUCCUGUUGAAAUUUCUACCCAGCUAUUCCAGUCGUUUGGCUGUCGUAGCACCGCUCGGACAGAUGCAACUUCUCGACACUAUCUACGCCAACGUCCAGCCACCCGUCACGUGCUUGUAUCAGGUUGCCACCGCUGGUGCCAUGAUAUCGUCCUUCGACGUCUCUUCCACGUCUCAGUGUCUGUGCUUCGGAGAUUCCGCGGGUUCCGUUCACCUCAUGUCCACCAAUACGCCCGAGCCGCAAUUCAACACGUUCUCUCGGCCAACCGAAUUUGCCGACCCCGUCGAUUCCACUCGAUCUCUGUCGUUCGACGACGACGACGUCACGCCGUUGAGCGCCAUACCGAUCGUUCGCACCGGCCAUCCGUUGUUGAGCGACUGGCCGGAGGAGUACUCGAGGAAAGUUUACAGCUCUUCGCGGGAGACUCGCGAUCUAAAACGGACGACGGCACCUUCGUGGCCAUACCUAAACGUUAUCGUAAGAUCGAGGUCAAGUACUCGCGUCUCGGUUACGACGAGUUCGAUUUCGAUCAGUAUAAUCGCACCAACUUCUGCGGUCUCGAAGCCACCCUUCCCAACAGUUAUUGCAACGCUAUGCUGCAGGUAACCGCGAGUUGCCACCUUCGCGAUCGACGCGACGAGUCUCGUUCUUCCUUCGGGAAAACGAGCUCGCGCUCCGUAUCCGGCCGAUCCGACGUUAACGUCUGUCCGUACCGUUCACGUUUCUUCCAGUUACUCUAUUACUGCGAACCUGUGAGAAUAGCCUUGCUCUCUCAUUCCUGUCAAAGAGAAUUCUGCCUGUCCUGCGAACUGGGAUUCUUGUUUCACAUGUUGGACACGUCCCGAGGAUUGCCUUGUCAGGCAGCCAAUUUCCUUCGAGCUUUCCGAACGGUCCCCGAAGCGGCAGCCUUGGGACUCAUACUUGGCGAUCUCCGUCCGGAAGCCAAGAGAAAAACGAAUUUGAUACGAUUGAUACAGACGAACGUUUCGCUUACGAAUCAAGAUAAAAACAGCAAGAGAUCCGUCGAAGAGAACGAGGUACGAGACGAAGAGACGGAGAUCAGUCGUCUGUUUGGAUCUGAACAAAUGCACGUACACCGCUGUCUCAAGUGCGGGCAAGAAGCUACGAAACAUUCCAUCAUGUUGCUGUGUAACUUGGUUUAUCCGGAAUUGACGCAUCCUUCAGAGGAGGUUCCGUUUACCAGUGUUCUCGCCCGCAGCUUAAAACCCGAGAAAAUUACACCUGCCUGGUGCGACAAUUGUCAGAAAUUUACACCCACUCUUCAAUCUCGGCGAUUGACCAAGCUACCUCGAAUAUUGGCUCUCAACUGUGGUUUGGACACGCAGCAGGAUAAACUGUUCUGGCAAGCGCAGAUGGACGUGGUCGUUCGAAAAGUAUCCACUGGCAAGGAGAGUAGUCCGUCUUCGAGUCCUGUUCCCGUUACCGUGAAACCGUGUCGCUAUGGUAACAAUUGUACUCGAAUUGGCUGUAGAUUCAGACACGUUGGCAGAGACCCAGAGAAUGUAUCGACGUCGCCGGUUACUCCACCGACGGCAACUUCGACACCGGUCGCAACACCACCCAGUCACUUGUACUAUUCUCACUCGUGGAUUCCGCACGAUAUACAGAUCUCCUUGAACAGUAGUUGCGAGUUACUCGUCGAGAAGAUGACCGUUCCAAAGAACGAUUCCAACGACGAUGACAAAUCGACCGACGAGAUCCUGAUGGAGAACGAUUGUCGGAGGGCUGACAACGAGGCGCGUGAUGAUUCUGAGAUUACCGGGGAGCGAGAGAACGUGGCUGAAAAUCAUCGUGUCGACGUUGCAACGUUGGACAACGAUGACAACGAACCAGACAGAACCGACGACAACUUGGAUAAAGUUCGAUACAGUCUCAGUGCUGUUGUUUGUUACAUCGACGACAAGGCCAACGAGGAUAGGAGGAAUAUCGUUGCGUUGCUGCGAGCUGGACCAAAUUAUCACGAACGAUCGGCUGGCAGUGCGGUGUCGCAGUGGUACAUUUUUAACGACUUUUGGUACGUGAACGUUCUUCUCUCUGCGUUUCCUCUACUGAGAAACUACCGUCGAAUGCUCGAUGAAACAUCGUGUUGCGAUCGACGUACUCUCCUUUCGUUUAGCAUAUCCGCGGUGACACCGCAAGAAGCGGUGUGGUUCAAUCUCGACUGGAAGGUUCCCUGUGUUCUGCAUUACACGGCUGUGCCUGCACCCGAACCGGCGGUGCCGUUUGUCAGUCCGCUCACCUACGACGUCUUUGGCGAAGACAAGUGCGUCGCUCGCAGUGGAGGGACGAGGGGUAUCACGUUUACUCCAUUAACGUCCGACGAAAUGCCUAAAAAAGGCGAACUAGUCGGAAUUGAUGCGGAAUUUGUAACGUUGAAUCAGGAAGAGGCCGAGCUUCGAAGCGAUGGAAAAAUGUCCACCAUAAAACCGAGUCAUAUGUCGGUUGCACGCAUAACUUGCAUACGUGGCCAAGGUCCUCUGGAGGGAACUCCCUUCGUCGACGAUUACAUAAGCACUCAGGAGCAAGUAGUGGAUUAUUUGACAAAAUUCAGUGGCAUACAGCCGGGUGAUUUGGACGCAAACUUUAGUAGCAAACAUUUGACCACUUUGAAGUCGACGUAUCAAAAACUACGAUUCCUCGUUGACAAUGGAAUCGUGUUUGUCGGCCAUGGACUGAAGAAUGACUUUAGAGUGAUAAACCUGGUCGUCCCACCGGAACAGAUAGUAGAUACGGUAUUGUUGUUUCAUUUGCCCCGUCAUCGUAUGGUGUCGUUGCGUUUUCUUACGUGGCAUUUUUUGGGUAAGAAAAUUCAAUCGGAAACGCAUGAUUCUGCCGAAGAUGCCAGAGCUGCUCUCGAGUUGUAUCGCAAAUACAAAGAGUUGGAGAGUUCUGGUAAGCUGGCCGAAUCGCUGAAGGAGCUUUACAACACUGGCAAUCAGUUGCAAUGGAAAGUAAGGAUAAUGCGUUCUCUUUCGAAUAUUCAUCGUCCCGUAUCGAUCGAACUUUGAUUCGUUCGAUUCUUUUUCCAGGUUCCGGACAGCUGA